AUGGGGGGAAAACAUGGCUCGAAUUUUGGAACUCUGUCUGAACAAUAUUAUGUCCGGGCAUCUCCACAAGAGGCUGAGAAUGUUAGGCGUUACGGUAGCUUUUGUGUAGAGGCUAUCACAUUGGAUGAGAAUUUGCAUGGAAUCACGAUGUAUGAUUCCGGUAUCAAUUCAGGGAUCUCGGGUGUGCGCGCAUAUUUUCCAGAAUCUUCUCAGUGCAUAGGCCUGGAAACGGGUUUCGACAUGCAUUUUUUGAUUAAUGGGCCGGCCGAGGUGGUUAGCGGACUUGACAUACGACUGACGGAAACCGCUCAUUCAUCGCAAAAACUCUCUAUCACGGUGAGGACAAACUGGGAUAGGGAAUAUCUCUUCGGGAGUCUCCCUGUACGAGGUCAUUUAUAUUCGACAAAGACCCCAAGACCUCCUCCAGGGAACUAUAUCCAUUCUAUAUAUUUUGGAAUGGAAGAUAACCGGACCUUUACAUCAUGCGGGAUAGUAUAUCGAGCUGGAUCACGAGGAAGUCCACACCCUUCGAGCUGGCCUAUUCUAAGGCCAAACAGAAUAACUCCGCGUGGGGGUUACGAACAUCCUCGCCAAUACGAGUCUUAUGCCAGCCUGGUCGGAGUGAGUCGCAUCCUGUUUUAUCGUGCAGACGGAAAAUAUCUAGGCCUUAGACUCUUCUAUGAUUACGGCGGAGCCGAAAUCGUUGGUCGACUGGCCGAAGAUCACGAUUAUGAAAUCGUCUUGGCCAAGGGAGAAAAGAUAUGCAAGGUAUGGGCCGAUACUCACGAGGAUAGGAUCACAGAUCUUGAGUUUGAAACGGAUCGUCCUCGAGAUCUAAAGCGAAAGGGUGCGAGCUUUACCGCGAUCGGAUCAAUGGUAAGCCAUAUAAGGUAG